CGGGCAGCCUCGUGUCGCGAGACUUAGAUGUGGAUUCAAACCGUGGCGCUUCGUGGUGUUGACACGGGAUCGUUCACUGACAAGAUGGCAGCAGCAGAGGAGUUAGAGUUGCUCAGGAACCAGCUGAAGGAGAGGGACGAGCAGGUCCAUCAGGCUGCUCAGGCUGGAUUAGAUCUUCUUAAGCAGCAGAUGGAACUGCAGAACACACUGGAUGAACAGAGAGUAGAGAUGACCAACGCACUUGAGGCCCUUGAGCAGAACAAGUACUCCUUGCAGAAGGAAGUGGCGUUGAAGAAUCGAAUGCUGGAGUCACUGAAGUCAGACUAUGAAUGUGUAAAGAACCAGCAGAGACAGCAGCUUCAGGAACAGCAGCAGCAUCUGGAGAGGAGCCACAGCAUGGCGCUCAGUGAGCUCAACAACAAGACACUGAGGUUGCAGUCUGCUCUGGAGGAAUCCCAGCUAAAUGAGAGACAACUCAAACACAAACUUGAAGUGCAGACUGAGACUCUGAAUAACAAAAUGGAAGAGCUGCAAGCUCUGAAUGAAAACACCCAGAGCUCCAUGACAUCUGAGAUGAUGGAGGUGCAGAUGAAGAUCAUGGAGCUGGAGACCAUUAAGGUGGAGUUGGAACAGACUCUGCAGGAAUGUCAGUACAGAGAACAGCAGCUGGAGCUCACCAAUAGCAGUCUGCAGCGUCACCUGGAGCAAAUCACAGAGGAGAAAGAGGAGCGAGAGAAAGAGGCGGUUUCCUGGUUUAAUGCAUUACAGAAAUCUCGUGAGGUGAACCGGGACCUCCAAAUCCAGUUGGACCAAGCUCAACAGCAAGCGCAGGAUCCCAACAGCAAAGGGAACUCUCUGUUUGCUGAGCUGGAGGAUAAGCGUGCUGAAAUGGAGAGACAGCUGAUCAGUAUGAAGGUCCAGUAUCAGUCCCUGCAGAAACAACAUGGCUUCAGCAAACAGCAGCUGCAGCGCAUGAAGGUUCAAGUAGCCACUCUGAUGCAGCUCCAAGGUUCCAGGGCUGACCCUGCGCAGCUGGAGAGACUCCAGUCCAUGCUGUCAGAGAAGAAUGGAGAGAUCCAAAAUCUCAUGACUAAACUGCAAAGACUGGAGAAGGUGGAGAUGAUACUGAAGUCUCAGCCAGCUAAUUUAGCUCCAGCUGAGAGCGGCGAUGGCCAAGAUGAGACCUACUACACUGACCUGCUCAAAAUGAAGCUCAACAACACUGUUAAAGAUGCAGAACGUCUAGGGGAUGAGCUUUCCCUGCAGAGGAUGAAGUCUUUGUCAGAGAGCCAGAGAGCUCUUGAGCUGGAGAGGAAACUCUUCACAUCUGAGCGGCUGCUCAAACAGACUCAGAGCGACAAGAUCAAACUACAGCUGAGAGUAGAGGAACUACAACACAAAUAUGAACCCAAAGAGGCAAAAAAUAAUCUGAUCCAGAAAAGGAAGAAAGAGAAACUUCCUGUGGAUAUUGUACCCUCCUCUCAGGAAAGCACACUUGAGAAGGGUGAGCAGAUAGUUACUUUGGAGACUGAUGUCACACAUGAUAGGACUACAGACCCCAAGGCUGACGUCAGUCCUACAACUAAGGCACGAAGCUCAACAAAAGGUUCAGAACUGACUUUGCCACGUGCUGCAAAAUGUGUGAAGAUCAGUGGAGAGGAGCCUGUUGUGAUUUCCAACCUAAGUUCUCCUGUGACUGACAGGACAGAUGCCGGGAUGGAGGAGAACCUGCAGCAGAACAAGAGAGAGGAGAGAAUUAAGAAACAGAGAGCAGUGGAGAUGAUCCACGUGAGCUCUAACAGCAGUAUGGAGAACCAGUGUGCCCAGCAAUAGGCCUCAUCUGGAACACACUGUGUGCCACCACAUGUGGAUCUCUGUGGACUGUGUGUGUGUGUGUGUGUAUAUAUAUAUGUUCUGCUAUCUCUUAACAGUCUUUAUUUCCUUUCAUAUAUUUGGAUUUAAAUAUGGGCUUAUAUGUCUUUCUGCCGAUUCUUUUUAUUUGCUCUACACUGUCAAAAAAUUUAAACAUUGCAAUAUUAAAACAUUUGCAACAAAG